AGACCACUUAAUCGAUCUUUGCUGACUCGAUUCGGCCUUGCCUUUGGUUGUCAUCUAGGUGGUUCUCCCAACGUGUGUCAACCGGUUUCCUACUAAAUAUUUUUUGGAGAUCAAUGGACAGCAUUCCGCAAAGAUGACGGAUUACGGAGAGGAGCAGAGGAAUGAACUGGAGGCUCUUGAGUCCAUUUAUCCGGAUUCAUUCACAGUGUUAUCACAGAAUCCCGCCAGUUUUACUAUCACAGUGACAUCGGAGUCUUCAGAAAAUGAAGAAAUUGUACAGUUGACACUACAGUUCACAUAUGUUGAAAAGUACCCAGAUGAAGCACCACUUUAUGAAGUAAGUUCGCAAGAGAACCUGGAAGAUGAAGAUAUCGAAGAUAUUAUGUCUUUAUUGCAAGAACAGGUACAGGAAAACCUUGGAAUGGUGAUGAUAUUCACUUUAGUAUCAGCUGUACUGGAAAAAUUAAAUGGAAUAGUAGAUCAGAUGAAGACCAGAAGGGAGGAGGAGAAGAGGCGGAAAGAAAAGGAAGAGGAGGAAAAAGAAAAGUAUAUGUUCCAUGGCACUGUAGUCACAAUAGAGAACUUCCUGUCAUGGAAGGCAACAUUUGAUGUAGAAAUGAAUGAAAUCAGAAAAAAGAAACAAAAAGAAGAAGAACAAAUGGGCAAAAACAAAUUGACAGGUAAACAGCUGUUUGAAAGAGAUCACAACCUUGAUACUUCAGAUAUUCGGUUCUUGGAAGAAGCUGGAAGCAAUGUGGAAGUGGAUGAGUCUCUUUUCCAGGAUAUGGAUGAUCUAGAUUUGGAAGAUGAUGAUGAUCCAGAUUAUAUUCCUGGUGAUAUAGGAAGUGAUGAUGACUAAGCCAGUUGAACCGACCUCUUGUGUGUGCCCUAUGUGGAUGAAUACCAUCAAGUUUAAUAAUAACAGCAAGAGAAUCACAGUAUCUGUGAUUUUCAUUGCAGACCUCAUUUACUGACCUUAAAUGUUUUCUUUUUUAAAUUUUUCAGGAGAAUAUUCUUCUGAUGAUUUCCAUCACUGCUUGAAAAAAUGUAAUAUAAGUAAAUGAAAAUUUGAGUUAA